AUGUUUUAUAAGGAUGAAUCUGGUGACACUUCUCUUGAAAUCUCUAAUCUUUUUGCUAAACAUUUUAAAGCUGUUUAUACUCUACCGUCAUUAGAAGUCCCAGACUUGUCCUUUAAUCGCUAUGCAGAUAAUAUUCUUCAAUUUGAGGAGGCAAUGGACCUUGAAACAAUACAGGACAGUGAGUUCAAUGAAGAAGAAAAUCCCAUAGAAGAAGAAAAUUCUAUAGAAGAAGAAAAUUCCAUAGAAGAGGAUGAAAAUGGAGAUAUAUUAACGAAUAUUAUUACAGAAGGGUUGCAGAAGAAAGUAGAUUCUCCCAAUAUAUUAAAUAUAAUUGAAACUCCGUUAGCAAUUAGUGAGGGAGAAAUGUUAAUGAUGUUUCUAAAAUACUCCAUAACUCAUGAAUUAACUCAUACAGCUGUUAAAGACUUAUUUACAGCUUUAAAUUUUUCUGCUUUAUGGUUUGGAAAAUCAAAACCGGAUAUGAAUGUUCUACUAACAGGAUUUGUCGACGAAAUGGAUGAAUUAUCAGAAUCUGGAGUUGAAUGUCAAAUUCAAGGUAAAAAUAGAAUAAUUAAACCAUUCGCUAUUUGUUGUUGUGUGGAUUCUGUAGUCCGUGCGCCUAUGCAGGGUAUUUCACAGUACAAUGGCUAUUAUGGUUGCAGUUGGUGCCUUCAUCGUGAUAGACUUAUGCUUAUUCAAAAUGAAAUUGAUGCCACUGAAGAUGAAGAAAUGCUUACUUCUGAAGAAAUUGAAAACGAAGAAAUAGUUAAUGCAGAAAGAAAAGAAAUAUUUGAUGAAGAUAAUACUGAUGAUGAUAAUGAUGCUGAUAACGAUGCUGAUGCGGAUAAUCAUGAAGAUAAUACUGAUGUUGAUGAUAAUGAUGAUGAAGACAAUACUGAUGAUUAUGAUAACGAUGAAUAG